AUGGGAGUGGGGACAUAUAUACCCGUCUCCUGGGCUCGAUAUGUUCCUGGGCCAUCGCCUACUUACCGGUACAAGGGAUUAUCUCCCAGAACGUCUCGAAGCGGUGUUGUCGCCUGCGGUUGUGCUUGUUUGAUGCUUUCUGGCCUUAAUGUUGCACUUAUGGGCAGCGUUUCCUCCAUCCCAUCCUACUUGGCUCGAAUUGGCCUUGACGACGGUACGAAGCAUAGCGAGCUGCUAAUCGGUGUGGUCAACGCCAUCUACUGGGUCGGCGUCAUAAUCGGGGCUCUUCUCAUCAGUCCGAUUUCCGACAGUAUUGGCCGCAGAAGAGCCCUCGUCUGUGCUGGAGUGUACGCCAUGUUCAUCAUCCCGAUAUUCGCUGGCCUCCAAAACUUUGCUUGGGCUCUAUCUCUCAGAUUCUUGAACGGAUUAGCAACGGGUGCCUUUGAUGCCGUGGGUCUGAAUUGGUCGGCCGAGUCUUCAGCAUCUAACCACCGCGGACGCGCAAUCGGCCUACAUAUGUGCUGUGCAGCGCUGGGUGCCAGCCAGUCGUACUUUCUCACUGUCCGUCGCACUUGGUCCGCACUCUUUGUUCAGUUCGCCACUCAGGCCAUGGUUGGCGUUGGUGUGGUCUCUGGCUACGGCAUCAAGAUCUUCCAAACUGGUGGAUGGUCGAAUGAUCUCGCAGCCCUGCUCUCUGGCGUCGGUAUUGUUAUCCAGGCUGCCUUCGGAUUCCCCGGCGCUUUUUGCGCCGAUAAGAUUGGCCGUCGAAAUGCCUUCAUAUACGGCGCCUUGGCUGGUUCCGUUCUUUUGGCCUUUAUCGGCAUGUGCGGCCACUUCGUUGCAAACAACGUGGAUACCGAUUUGCCCCUAGCAAAGAGCUAUAGCUCUGCAGUCGUUGCCUUGGUGAUGAUCUGGUCGGCUCAGUUUGGAUUGACUUGGUGUAAGUACCCUCUCACUAAACACGGAACUCGCUAA